AUGUCUUUAAAUAAUUUUUCACCAGAAGAAAAACAAAAUAUUGUUAGAUCCAUUUUUGCAGAAGAAGAAAUAGUUUACAAUGUAUUUUUUGAAAGAGGAGAUGAUUCAUUUAAAAAUUUGAAAUUAUCAGAGAUUAAGGCUAUAUUAUCAAUAUUGAAAUCAUCAAGAAGUAUGGCAUAUCCUUUAUCUGGUAAAAAACAAGUUUUGGUAGAUUUAUUAACUUCAAUUGGAUUUGUUGGACCAAUCAAUACAUCACCUCAACCACAACCACCACAACCACCACCAUCACCAACACCACCUGGAUUAUUCCAAGAAGAACUUCAACCACACUCAUUUUUGGAAUUAGAUUUGGGAAUUACAGUAGAGUUGGAUAAUUUAUUGGGAGAAAAUUAA